CUCCUCUCAGGUAAGCCCUUUUCUCUCAACUCCCGGUCCACGUCGAAUACCAAGCAUAUGAUUCAAGACAGCAAGCCAAUAUUACAAUCAAAUUCAACACACCGUGGCUGCUCUAUCUGUUCGACCCUCCCUGUCGCUGAGAAACGGGGCUUCGUGGUGAACCCUUACUGCAACCCCUCACAGAAGGGUCCUAGCCUCCUAGCAACAUGGAACCAAAGCAAGACCGUUUAGACAGGUUCUUUCGUCUCUUUCAGUCCUUCCAGUGCCAGAGAAUCCCCAGUCACCUUUUUAUUCGUGCAUGCGAGUCGAGACCGACUUGGUCAUCAACUGGAGAGAUUAUUGAGAGACUCCCUCUGGAGGCGGGGGUUCCUGAAUGGCUUGUGGAGUUAUAUAAUGACAGCAAGUCCUUGUUUCAUGACACAGAACUGGGAAACCACAAUGGAUACGUGGAAUCUACCAUGGACAACGGAGUAAUAUAUCUUCAAGUUACAGACGAAGGACAUGUUAACCUUGAAGUGGCUCAGAGUCCAUCAGUCAUUGAUGAACGCGUCUCGGCCCAAGAACGUAUCGCCAUUAUUCUACAGGCUUUCCCUUCCAAUAACGCCGAGAUCUUGGGAGAGGAAAUAAUCGACAGGCUGAUGGAUGUUGUGAACAUCUCCAUCCUGCCAUUGCUCUCGUCUCUGACAGAGUCUGACAUUGAAGGCUGGCUGUUGCCUAAGAACCUUGAGAAGAGAGAGUCCUACUUGGUUUCGCUGCUCGAGUUUCUAUAUCAAGUGAUUGAUGUACUAGGGAUCGAAAAUCCUCUAAUUCCAUUGCCACUGCUAAGACAAAUAUCUAACGUUAUUUCCAAUGACACGAUAACCAAUUUCUCUGUUGCCUGGAAAGGAAUCUCCCAAAUCCUCGAUGCUUACAGCGGCGACAAUGCAUUGCAGUCCAGCUUCUUGUCCCCUAAGACAAGUACCGAUCAAAGAAGUAACGCCAUGGUCGGACACAUUUUGUCGAUGCUGUUAUCAAAUAAGGCGUUGUUGGCUGAGCCCAAGGCCCCUGCUCAGAUGGUGGCUAAAGCUCUAUCCGACUGGCGGCCUUUGUCCUUGAGCAGUCCAUCUACAAUGGAGUACCUUGCAGCAACCAGCUUCUGCAGUCAAUCACAAAUAGACACGAUUGGAAAGCCAUCAUUCGUUACAGUGGACACAAUGGCAUUACGAGGGCUGUUACUAUCACGAAGAAAACAACACGAAGACGCUGUAAAAAUUCUGAACUCGACGAUAGUGGACAUCAGCUCACUAUAUGGACCAUCAUCUAUGGACCUUGGAAUAGUCACGGCCGAGCUUGCGAAUUGCUAUAACAUUCUCCGCCAAGAGGACAAAGCAGAAGAAUGUCUAAGAACAACACUCCAGGCACGACAGGACGGGGGUCUCUCAACCCGACGCGACGGAAUCUAUCUCAUGUUGGCACUGGCCGAUUCAUUCAUAGGGCGGGCUAGAUACCAGGAAUCAGUGCCAAUACUCGAGAGUGUUAUUGAUAACCCCGAUAUUUCAGCAACAUUUCGAAUGAUGAGCGCGCUUCGCCUAGCUAGGUCUCGACGCAGGAUGCACGAGGAUACCAAGAAGGCCUUUGAAGAAGACAGCCCACUCUGGACGGGUCUCACACUUCUCAGUCAUGUGCCUGGAGUUCUUACAAUGGAAUAUGUUGAAGAACUCGCUUGCAAUAUUUCAGAAAUACCCAAGUGGCAGCUGGGGGACUCAGAGAAAACACAGGAGCUCAUAGAAGCUGUUAACUCCGUACUGUGUAGAUCAAGCUCUCUUACAAACAGUCCAUGUUGGGAGUGGUAUACGAAACUUCAACAAGAAUAUUUAGAACAGAUCAUAAAAGCAACAAAGAUAAACAAAGGAAAGGAAAACGGCGAGGGUAAGCAAAACGAACAUAAGAAUGAAAUGGGGACUUCUAUUUCCUCCCACGCUUCUCCUCGUCUUCCUCCUCGAGCAGAUGAUGAAAUGUCCGAUGACGAGGGGCCUUGGUCAGAGAGAUUAGUCUUGUCAUUUGAUGCUGGAGGAGUUCGUGCUAUCUCCAGUCUUUUGAUUUUGAAGCGCAUCAUGCACCGAAUUAGGGAGCUUGAACUACUCCACCCCGACGGCCCAGCCUACUCAAGUAGCUCAUGUUCGUGGACCAGGAACGAAAAUGGUAUACCGGGGGUACUAGAAGAGUCAGACAGGAUUGAUGAAUUUCUCCCCUGUCACUACUUUGACUACAUGGCUGGGACAUCAACUGGAGGUCUGAACAGCAUCAUGUUAGGAAGGCUACGUAUGUCUGUCGACCAGGCUAUUGAUAAUUUUAUCGAUUUCGGUAAUGCCGUUUUUGGGCAACCCCGAGUGUUCCACACCACAUCAGCAUACUUCCCCGUACGAGCCAAGUAUUCAGCCACCAAGGCUCGCGAGGCUUUUAAAAAAAUCAUUAUAAGCAGCUAUCGGGUUGGAACUAUGGACACUGCGGAACUCGCAGUCUUUGCCAAAACUGAGCCUUUCACGAAGCUCGGACGUUGCACUCGAACCAUGGUCAUUUCUUAUCGCGUUGAGGAGGGUGCCGAAAGCGCACACAUCUGGAAAAGUUAUCAUGAUCUUGAUAGCAAGGCAUCUAUAAGUCACUCAGCCACUAUUUGGGAAGUUGCGUGUGCCACCUCUGCCAAUCCCGUCUAUCUUGAUGCGAUAGAGAUCAACGGCGCCACGCACUCAGAUGGAGCAUUAGUGGCGAAUAAUCCCUCAUACAAGGUCCUGCAAGAAAUUUACCUUCAGCACAACAGGGCUCCUUCGGUUUUUGUCAAUCUCGGGACAGGUAGACGGGUUGAGACCAAGGUAAUUCUCAAAAACGACGCAAAACGGCGUGACUUUACCUGGAAACAAAGACUUCAGGAUCUGAACAGAGCUUUUCAAUCGCAUUCAACAGAGAUUUACACUGAAAGCAAUACUGGGCAAUGGCUGGUGCUUGCUGAGAGUAUGGGGCUAAAACAUGCAUAUAGACUGAAUGUGGAAAGAAAUUUGUACCAAAUCCCCUACGACGACUGGCGUCCGGCCAGUACGGGAAAGACAACUCUCCUAGAGAUGGCAGAUAUCACCGAGGGCUAUCUCCGCCAACCUGGAGUAAGAAACGUCAUUAAUCGCAUUGCUGAAGAGGCCGUUCGGAUUCGACGUGCACGAGCAAACACAGAACGAUGGGAGGCCUUUACUAAGAAUACAGUCUAUAUGUGCCCCUUCUGCCAUUCUUCACAACCAUAUGAACUAUAUGCAGAUCUACGAGCUCAUCUGGACCAGUACCAUGCAGAGAUUAAGAUGUCUGAUUCUCAAUGGGUUUCAUUGACUCCAAGGAGCAGGAGGCCCUUAUUUACCCGGCUUUAGAGACAGUUAUCAAAAUAACUAACUUUCUAUAAUAAAAGCUAUCUAUUAAGCAGUAAUAAAGGCAUUAAAUAUAUUUCCUAUAUAUAAAUUAGCG